CCUCCUAUUGACAAACACACACACACACACACACAAAGGGCCGCGCCGGUCUGGAGACGCGUCCGUAGCCGGUAUGGGAGACAAGAAGAGCCCCACAAGGCCGAAGCGGCAACCGAAGCCGUCCUCCGACGAGGGCUACUGGGACUGCAGCGUCUGCACCUUCCGGAACAGCGCCGAGGCCUUCAAGUGCAUGAUGUGCGAUGUGAGGAAGGGCACCUCCACCCGGAAACCUCGACCUGUCUCUCAGUUGGUUGCACAACAGGUUACCCAGCAAUUUGUGUCCCCUACACAAUCAAAAAAAGAAAAAAAAGACAAAGUAGAAAAAGAAAAAAGUGAAAAAGAAACUACUACCAAAAAGAACAGUCAUAAGAAAACCAGGCCCAGAUUGAAAAAUGUGGAUCGAAGUAGUGCUCAACAUUUGGAAGUUACUGUUGGUGAUCUGACAGUCAUUAUUACAGACUUUAAGGAAAAAACUAAGUCAUCGCCUGCUUCAAGUGCAGCUUCUGCAGACCAGCACAGUCAGAGUGGUUCUAGUUCUGACAAUACAGAGAGAGGAAUGUCCAGGUCAUCUUCACCUAGAGGAGAAGCCUCGUCACUGAAUGGAGAAUCUCAUUAAAGUUUAUUGACUUCCGUUUAUUAUUUAGUUGUUCCUCUCAAAAAAUUACAUAUAUACAACUUCUGCCAACAGUUACCACAUUUUCAUGACUUCUUAUCAUUGUGCAUGAUUAUGUUUACUCAAAUAUAAUUUAUGCAGUUUUUACAAGCAGUGCUGCAGUGCAAUUAAAUUGCAUUGCAAUCUACAAAACAUUUUUAGAUCAACUUUUUAAUCUUGAUAUAGAAUGGUGCCAUGAAAAUGUGGUUUGAAUGUUCUUCAUGCAGUGUUACUGGCAAGUCCUUUUCCUCUUUUACUUUAGUAAAUUUUAACAGAAGUCUUGGAUUCUAUGCUAUUGGCAUGUACUGAAUGAAUUUAAAAAAUAGUUCAAGCUGCCUAAAUAUGUAUUAUUUGAGAAUUGUGAAUCAUAGUUAUAUAUGUAUGUAAGUCAAAGAUCAACUUAAUCAACUAUUGCUGCAAAAGACUUUUCGUAAUGAUUAUCUUUAAAACACCUGCUGGUACUUGGUGUGCUUGAAUAGGAAAAUGUUAUUAAAUAUAACGUAUGAAUUUUUGCCAAUGUCCAACAAAUUUUACUGGAUUAUUGUAACUGAAUAAUGUUGCUAGCUUCUCCAAUAUUUUCCUCACACAUUUAGAACAUUUAUUGUUAAUGUUUACAAGCAAAAAAGUAAAUCUGUUACAAACAUUAAUUGUUUAGCUUUAUAAUUCAAAUAUAGUACUGCCUUGUCCUUAUACACUGGUAUUCUGUUAUAGAACAUAAAUUUAUUCUGAAAUUA